GCCAGGUAGGCUCUCCCAGCCCCCAAAUAAUACAUGUAACUGCGUUGCCCUGCCCAUAUCGAGGGCCUUUUCGUUUCGAGGAAACUGCUCGUCACAUCCAGACUCCGAGUAUGAUCGGCUCUCUGGCAUGUCCCUACCCGCUCAAGAGCAUCACUGACGCCGAGCUACAGAAGCUCGCCCAAGCACUCUGGAACUGGAACAUUUGCGAGGCGUGUCAGAAUGUCGAGACCUGUACAAACUCGGGAUGCUCAUGGAGGCGCUCAGCUCGGUUAAAGCGCUUCUUUGACUAUUACAAAUAUGUCACAUCUUCCUAUGUCCCAGAUUUGCUGCCUACCAGCACCCCGGCCUUGCGCAACCAUGAAGACGUUUUCGAUAUCAUCAGGCUACUCCAGGCUCAUCCCGAUACGAAGCGCUCAGAGUUGACGCAUGAAUACCUCUCCAAGCGGGAUAAACCACCUUCUUCCAGUGAUCAGCAUUGGGCCUUCAACCUUGCCGUACAAGUCAUGUCCAUGGUCAAGUGUUCAGCCGAAAACCAACCCUCGAGUCUGCUAGAACUCGGCACCCAGGCAAUCCAGUGGCAUUUCGAUGAGUCGCUGGCUGAAUUCCUAUCAAGAGCGUUUCCGCAAAAGGAUACAGGCAAUCUCCAUGUUCACGAUGACUCGGGCCAGAUUAGAGAUAUAAAACCGGCCUUAACAGCCAGGCGUCUAAAGAAAGUUGCAGGGCUGAGAUUUCAAGGGACUGAUGACCUGCAAAACCAUCUAAGGAUGGACGUCAAAAAGGGAGUCGUGGAGAUUUACCAUUACACAAGCGUCCUAAGGGAGCAUUUGGCGGCGUCGCAAACGCUGCACGACUCAUUAGUCUUUGAGAACUCCAUCUCAGCAAGAAAUAUUCCUAGACAAAUCGCGCUCGAAGCUUUGGAUUCAAUGCAGAAGAUCCUCUUCCCCUUCGAUUCAGACUCGGAGAAGAUUCUCCGCGAUCUAGUAGCCAAGGAAUCCCUCGACCCCGAUUGCCUACAAUAUGCCUCGGCCGUCUAUCGAAGGGAAAGUGAAGAAGUCGUAUCUUACAACUACUUCGGCGCGCGACUCGUGGAUCUAUUCAGAGAGCUGGAGGAUCCCAGCCCCCGCGGUAUACUGGAGAAAUGGCUUCAGCGCAAAAGCGGCGCUCGCUAUAUGAUGAUGGCAACGCUCGUUGGUGUCAUUAUAGCAAUUAUUCUGGGGAUUCUCGGGCUGGCUGUUGGGGUAUUCCAGGCCUGGGUGUCAUACGAAGCUUGGAAACACCCUGUGAGUUCUGGCAACUGAUCCGGUCUCAAAAGCGGUGAACUUUGCAGGUAAACAUGUUGAACAACCCACGAGGGUUGACGCAGGACUGGAUGGCAGAGUGUUUCUACAGCGCUGUAUCAAGGAGAGCUGCAGCGUAAUUUACAGGGCUGAUGACUGAAUAACAUGAGUGAAUCCCUUUCCAGUAGUCUUGAAAUAUACAGACAAGGGUGUAAAUGUACUUGCGCCUUGCCGUUGUGGGAGUGACUGCACUUUACUUG